AUGGCCUACGACAUCUACCUGCACAACCGGUCCGCGCAAUGCCUGGCCGAACUCUCGUCCGCGAAGGAGCGGUAUGCAUUGCAAGUAUGUUUCUUGGGUCUGAAAAUAGAAUGGGAUUUGUGAUGCUAACUUUCUAUGCUACAUACACCUGUAUUGCAUGUGCAGCAAAUUAUAAUUAAAGGAGCACCCGGAUCAUAGGCAUAGGGAAGCCUUUGCGACGAUAGGUGUGAAGUAGAUGCUAGAGCAUGGAUUACAUCAGGCAAGAACGCGGUUCAUGUAAGUACUACAAUUGUGCAUGAGAAAACUCCUCCAAUAUAGAUCUUCCCAGACGUCCCAGACAUAUUUGCAAUGUAUAAAAAGGCGGUGAUCAAGCUGUGCUGCAAUGCCCGGGUGUUCACCUUUGAACAGGGGAAGAAGAUUCAGCAGGCGUUUUCGGAACUGUUUCUCGAUGAGCAGAAGCGGUUCAUCGAAUAUCUCAACCUGGACGGCAUCCACGAGCGUCCCG